AUGCCAGCGUUCAAGGUUGCCCCUAUUUACACGUGCAACAACGAUGUUCCACUCACGCACAACCAUGUUACCUAUCACUUCGCGAAGCACCAUGCCGACGCCGAAGGGCCGGUGUACAGCAGGCACUGUACAAAGCGGCAGGACUUGAUGGACGCGCGAGACGACGAAGAAUCAAAUCUGCGGAUGGUGCACAUCGACGAGAUUUGGGAGGCGCUUCCAAACUGGGAGAUGAGGUUCAACCUCCUUCUCAUGGCGCCAAUCUACGGCGCCCUUCAUAUUCCCUUACCCGAUUUUAGUUCAUUCGUCGCGAAGUUGCCCCCCGGCCCGCUGCCAAAAGGAGCCGCCCUUCUGAUCCAAGGGUGCCACGAGAAAUUUGAUCAAGACAUCUGCUAUCUCGACGAAACGGCGUACUUUUAUUGCACUGCGCAGACCCCAAGAUGCGGAGUGAAGGCGUUCAAGAACAAGAUUGGGGCCCUGCGGGCGCUGCACAUUGUGCAAAAGUUCGACAAGCUGGUCGAAACGGCGGACGAGUCAGACAAAGAAACCUUUGCAUCACAGGUCAACAAGUUGCUCGAAGUUUCGCUUCUGCAGGCCAUGGAAUGGGCCAAGGAGGCUUGGCAAAGUGUUACACAAGACACCAUUGCUAACCGCUGGUGUCAUACGGGUAUACUGGACGAAGAGAUGUAUGAGUUGUUCGAGAGUAUGAACUACCUUUGA